AUGGAACUUUGGCUUUUUCUUACAUUUCUUAUUCUUAAAUCAUUUUCAUCUCAGUGCUGUGAAUGGGUCAAUGCUGUGACGAUACGCAAAGCCAUUGGCAGUAAAAAUCGGUUUUUGGACUGUUUUUUGGGUUAUAAAUUCACUAUUCCAGCAGGCGCGUUUGUGGAUGUCGACAGUUGGAAGGAACUGCAUACUCAUACAUAUGUGGAAACUGUAUUCGAUGUGGAAAUGCCAAUGGAGAAAUCGAGAGAUGCUCCUUUAUAUGUAUGUCCGAAACGAAGAUUAAGAAAAAAUUUUGUUUUCAACGAUUCCUUCGAAAUACCUCUACAUUUGCGUUAUCAUGCUGCUACAGGACAAGAGGCUGAAGUUAGCAUACUUGCUCCGCAGCUGCUUUUAAGAUGCAUGGAGAAUUCAACUUUCCUUACAGUUCCUUGCAGAAAAUACUUGUUUAAGGCACCCUGUGACUGCUCGACGGAAUCAUUUUGUCAGUGGUUAAUGAUACCGUUUUUGGAGCAUAGCAGUGUAAAGUUCAAAAUACCUACUGGAAACAAAGCUUCGUUACGAUUUAUUUUAAUUAUUACCAUUUUUGUCGUUCUUUGCUGUGCUCUGACGAUUGUGCUUAGUUCGAUAAGCAAAAUCACGAAAACGAAAAUGGAAUAA